AGGAGGGUAAGGAGGAGGAGGAGAGGAGGUGGCGGCGGCGGCAAGGGCUCCCCGGGCGCCUUGGACGCGGUUCAGGAAUCCGCCGCCGCCACGGGCCGCUAGCCGGCUCGGCCCGAGCAGGACCGCUCACCCGCCGGCUCUCCGCGCUGCUCGCCGCCCGCCUGGCGCCGCUUCCCGCCCCGCGUGCGAACCCGCCGCCGCCCCAGGGAGGGCGCAGCGCUGGGAACCCGGAGCCCGGGAGCCGAGGCCCCUCCUGCCCGGCGCGUCCCACGGCGGGACAAGUCGCGAGCGGAUGCUGCCCGCGCCGGACCCCGGGGAGCCGCGGAGAGUGGGGUUCGCCGCCUCCCUCGCCCAGUCGGAGGUGGCUUGGCGGCCGGGGAUGAGGUGUCUGCUACCUGAAGACAUCAAGCCAGGCCCCAAGUGAAGCCCCUGAGCUGAGUGCCCACACUGCCCUCCCACCUUCCCAUGGAGAAAGGACUCAAUUUGCCCCAGGACUGCUGGGAUUUUGUGCACAGCCUGAGGAUGAGGAGCAAAUAUGCUCUUUUCUUGGCUUUUGUGCUGGUUGUUUUUGUCUUCAUUGAAAAGGAAAAUAAGUUCAUCUCAAGGGUCUCGGGCAAGCUGAGGCAGAUCCCCCAGCCUCUGGUUGAUGCCAACAGCACUGACCAAGCGCUGGUCUUGGCAGAGAACGCGUCCCUCUUGUCCCUGAGUGAGCUCAAUCCCGCCUUCACCCAGUUGCAGAACCGUCUGCGAAACUUCAGUCUGCAGCUGGGCCUGGAGCCAGCAGAGGAGAGCAGGGGGGAGGAGGAGCGAGAGGAAACUGCACCGGGACUCUCCCAGCCUGGGCCCCGCCGCCACGUGCUCCUUAUGGCCACCACUCGCACGGGCUCCUCAUUUGUGGGCGAGUUCUUCAACCAGCAGGGCAACAUCUUCUACCUCUUUGAGCCCUUGUGGCACAUCGAGCGCACCGUGUCCUUCGAGCCUGGAGGUGCAGGAGCAGCGGGCUCGGCCCUGGUCUAUCGCGACGUGCUCAAGCAGCUGUUCCUGUGCGACCUGUACGUUCUGGAGCAUUUCAUUAGCCCCCUGCCCGAGGACCACCUGACCCAGUUCAUGUUCCGCCGGGGCUCCAGCCGCUCCCUCUGCGAGGACCCGGUCUGCACGCCCUUCGUCAAGAAGGUUUUUGAGAAGUACCACUGCAAGAACCGCCGCUGCGGGCCGCUCAAUGUGACGCUGGCGGCUGAGGCCUGUCUCCGCAAGGAGCACAUGGCCCUCAAGGCCGUCCGCAUCCGCCAGCUGGAGUUCCUGCAGCCUCUGGCCGAGGACCCCCGGCUGGACCUACGCAUCAUCCAGCUGGUGCGGGACCCCCGGGCCGUGCUGGCCUCCCGCAUGGUGGCCUUCGCCGGCAAGUACGAGACCUGGAAGAAGUGGCUGGUGGAGGGGCAGGACCGGCUGAGAGAGGAGGAGGUGCAGCGCCUUCGGGGCAACUGCGAGAGCAUCCGCCUGUCUGCAGAGCUGGGCCUGAGCCAGCCCCCCUGGCUGCGGGGCCGCUACAUGCUCGUGCGCUACGAGGACGUGGCCCGCAGGCCCCUGCAGAAGGCCCGGGAGAUGUACCGCUUCGCGGGCAUCCCCCUCACCCCUCAGGUGGAGGACUGGAUCCAGAAGAACACCCAGGCGGCCCAGGACAGCAGCGGCAUUUAUUCCACGCAGAAGAACUCCUCCGAGCAGUUUGAGAAGUGGCGCUUCAGCAUGCCCUUCAAGCUGGCACAGGUGGUGCAGGCCGCCUGUGGCCCUGCCAUGCGCCUCUUCGGCUACAAGUUGGCACACGAUGCCACCUCCCUCAUCAACCGCUCUGUCAGCCUGCUGGAGGAGGGAGGCACCUUCUGGGUCACAUAGGGGGCCUGGGGCCACAUGCACCCCUCCUAAUGAAAGGCCCACCCUGCCUUUCUUGCUACCAGGCUAGCCGUGAGACAGCAGCUCAGAGGCAGGCAGGGAGCUGUGCAGGGCGCAGGCAGCUCCUCUGCUGUAGAAGUAGGCCCCCCAGCCAGCUAGCUUCCCCCUCCUCUGCUGUGGGAUUGGGGGUUUUUGCUGAGAACAGGACUACUGCCUGCUACCUUGAGGGCCAAACUAGCCCAGAUCCAAGGUGUUGCCACUUCCUGGGUAGGCCCAGGUGCAUCAGGGCCUAUGGACAACUCUCUCUCUCUCUCUCUCUCUCUCUUUCCCUCUCACAUAACACUAGAAACAUACCGGAGCUCAGAUGUUUUUCAACCAAAAAGUUCUGGAACACCGAUCAGUCACUUCCUCUUACUCAGUACUGGCCUUUCCAUCUCUGGGUUCCCCACAAUCCAUUCUGGACUCUGCGUUGUCCUUGGGGAGGGAGGGGUUGGAACAGCCCAGAGGGUCAGAGGAAGGCAGUGGAGAUUUACCAGAUGAUCAUGGCUACUUGUCAACCAAAAGUAAUUCACUAUCUUAAUAAAUAGGAUGAUGUUUCCCUUUACUGAUAAACACACCCUGUAUUGAGCUAUAACACAUAUUUAGACAGAGAAAGACUUACACAGGGAGACAGAAAAGCACUAUAAAAAACAAACACUCAUACACAAAUGAGCUCUCCGUUGUUUUAUGCUCACAAGGUUUAUCUGCAUCACCUCAAGAGGAGCCUUUAGUAACAUUUCUAGAAUUAUUUGGAGCUGGGGGAGAAAACAUCAUCCUGAACCAUGACUCCAUCUGUUCCAAACUGGACUUGGGGCUGAAACGUGGGUUACAGGACUGCUGAGUCCUUCACCCCAGCCCAUGCUGGAUUCUCAUGGCUACCUCCUGGCCCAUCGUGUCCUCCCUGCUGGCAGGCAGGAUAUUAUGAAAUGGCAUGACUGAUCCUCACAUGACAUGAUCCCAAAGGCCCCAGUUUGAUUGGCUUCCCAAGACCAUGUCUAUAUCUGAAGGCUGCCUCGGGUCUGACUGGAGAAGCAGCUGUGGACGCCGGAGACAAAAGGCAGCUCGUAGGUCCUGUCAUUUCCAACCAGGCCUCACCCGGGGUAAGACCCGGGACAAAGGAUUGAGAGCUGUUGGGGAAGAAGUCCCAUCAAAAUACCCCCUUCCCUUGGGAGGAUGGGGAACAGAGGUCAACCUCAUGAUUUGUUACCAUGGUUACAUGGUUCGUGUCUGCAAUUCCUCCUUUAGGGCUCUGGGAAGUGUAUUGCUUAACUAGGAUGAGAUAGGUUUUUAUGUGUUUGUGUUUUUAAGUUAUUUAUAUUUUCAUGUGUUGUUUUAUGGCUGUGUGUUUUUGUUUUGUUUCUGCAGGAGUGCCUUGUAGAAGCAGUCUGCUUGAGGGGUUGAUAGGGGGAGCUGGGAGGACCAAUGGGGGAAAGAACUCUGGCUCCUGCUAAAAAUGGGAGAGAAAAAAGAGCCUUCUAGGAGGAUCAGAACCUAGGUGGCCAUGUGACAGCCCACAGUAUGGCAGGGACUUUUCUGUUUGAGCCCAUGUGGAAAAAUAUCUAAAAACAAACAAACAUCAGCUUUCUUUGCAGAGUAUACAGAAGUGGCGAAAGUAGCAACCCUCACCUCCUCUCCAAGAAAAGAACAGGCUUGAGUAUCUUUUCUAGGUCUUAACACAUUUUGGGGACUGGAAGAGUCAAGGGUCAAGAGUCAAUAGAAACCUGUCCCCUACUUUCAUUCCAAACUCAGUGGCAGAGCUCAGUACUGCUUUAGAACCUGCAAGGAAUUGUGGGAGUUCACUAAAGACUGUUUCUAAUGUCCUGGACAACCUCUCUGUCAGAUCCAUCCCCUUGGCAAACCCAGAGGGCUAAGUUUUUGGGUUGAGUAUUAUGAGCACCAGCUGAUGCCAUCAGAGGGAAGGGAAGAGUGUCCUAUCAGACGUCACUAUAAAGGUGAGAAUGGUGGUCAUCUUGUAGGCCCACAUUUGAGCUGCUCUGUCACCAUCAUCAGGGUGAACUAUAGCCAUUCAAGAAGGAUUCCACACUAGGUUUCCCAAUUCAAGAAUACAUUGUUCAGGGAGCUCUAAUUUGGGGUUCAAGGGACCUCUGAAAUCUUGAUUUCCACCUCUUGAUCCCGAGACAGAGUGAGGUCAGAAUGCUCCGGCAGGCUCACAAGUGCUUCCUGUCCUGUUCCCCCUAGGAACUGGCAGGGGGUGGGCACCUCUGUUGAGGACCCCUCCUGAGGUCUUCCUAGUGUGGAUUUCUUCCUUUCUCCCCUAUGCCUCUGGGACUGAGGCCUCAACCCCUCAAUUCUAAGAACAAUUACGAGAAUGGACCUUUGGGACUUCUCAGGACCUUGACAGUUUGUAUGCUGCAAGUUGACUUUAUUUAUUUUGUGAAAAGAAGAAACAAAAAAAAAAGAUGCCUUACCAUUUGCAAGGAUUUAAAUGCUGUACCCAAGUCAAGAAAGACGUAAUAAUGGUAGAAACCAUUCAUUCAUUCACUCCAUACACACAAGGACCCUAGAAGACAAUUCAGAGUUCUAGAGGGGACUAAAUCAAGAGCUCAGAAGUCAUAGCAAUUCCAGGGUUUUGUUUAAGAAGAUUUCUUGGUUUUCUCUUAAAGAUUUGAAGAUGUAACAGGCCCUUUGUGCUGUGUUACCUUUGCACAGGUAUCUGAAAGAGGGCACAGUUCACAUGAGUGUUCAUGUGAGGAUUCAGUGACACUCUGGGACUCAGGGCUUGGGGAAGGGCAGGGCAGGUCAGGGCAGGGCCCUCCACAUUGGCACCCACCUGCCUAGAUACGGAGCAAUUAAGGGCUGUCACCUCCACCCACUGCCAGCUUCCCUGGAACAGAGGGCCCUUUCAGCAAGGAGUACUUGCUCAUUUUCUUUUCCUUGACGAAGACCUCUUUAGUCUGGCCUCUGUAAACAGUUCAGGAUAUUCCAGACUCUGGUGAGACAGGGCAGUAUCCAAUACCCACAGGUUGUCGCCGCUGCUGCCCAUUCCUGGACCUUCCUCUGGACUUUUUUUGUAAACCUUGGAUACAGGCAACUGGGGUGGGGUGUCUGUUGGUGGGAGCAAGAUUCGAGAGUCAACACAGAGGGAAAUAAAAGCAGCAGGUGAGCUGCUCUGUAGCACGCCCCCUGCUGGUGGUCGGUGGGUUUUUACUAAUGUUGAGAAUAUGGUCCCUCUAUGUGAUGAAUACAGUUAAACUUAGAUAGUUAAAUAGACAGAAGAAAAAUGCUUAAUGAAGAACUUACUCUCUGCCUGCCAGCUCUCUCAGCCCGAGAGCCAAUGGUUUUAUCAAGACAGCUGCUGACGAAACUUCUAAAGAGCAAAGGUACCUACACAACCUGUUACGAUGGUAUCUUUCUCCUUUCUGCCAUGUGUCUGGUAAUGGGACAUGUGCCAGCAGGAGGCGGGGAAUCCUUGGCUCAGAAAAUAGAAACUUGACUUGGGUAGCAGACAGGAGAUGUAUACAUAGAAGGUCUGGCCAAGACACUGAGGUCCCCCCCACACACACACACACGCACACGUCCCUCCAUACACAUACACGGACACGCACACACACACAGACACCCUCCUGGCUGCUGCUCUCUCACACUAAGGACUGUUCAAAUUGUCUGUGGGACCUGCUUCUUGAUGGGCCCUGGAAUAUGAAAGACAAGAGCAGAAGAUUGCAUGGCUGUAUCUUCAGGCAGCUCCUUCUCAUUUCUAUCCCCAAAGACUAAAAAUGAAGACAGAUCUGAGAUGAUUCCAAAAGCAGGGAGAGAAAGGAGUAGAGUUUGGAGAACUGAUGCCUGCUGAAAUCAAGUGGGUGUUGUCAUUCUGUAUAAACUUUAAGAAAGAGCAGCUUCUAAAAUCAAGGAGUCCCCAGUCAUUGGGUUUACUUGUCAAGAUUCCCAAGAUGUGGUCCAAGUAGAUGAGAGAGGAAAAGGCCCAGGUUUUCUGAAAGCAGUCAAACUGCCUCUCAACUGCUCACAGCGUCAGGAAUGAAUAGCAGAAACUGCUUUUUAAUCUCAAGAGGACAAAGCACAGUUGUAACUUCAGAUGUCUUAACAGCUGCAAGACCCUCUGGUCUUGUAUCCAGUGCCAUUUUCAUGGACCUAGCUCUCGCUGCAGACCAGGUACUUUAAUUGGGAAGCAAGAUGACCCAUGAUGCAUCCUGCGACCUCUAACAUUGAGCUGGAGCUGCUCACCCUCAUCUUCAUUUUAUCUGAGUUUGCCUGGCUCCCUUCCCCCCUAUUGGGUCCUCCAAAUUCUUUGUCUUGCCAAGACCUUGACUCUGUUGUGUUUUAUGACCAGAUUAUACAAGACAUUCCCUCCGUGACCUUAUGUGGCCAUGAACACGUAUAGAUGUGUCCACACGUGUGUAUCUGCAGCUUGUAGCCCACUGUGCUCAGCUGAGUUGCUCCCAACCCCUUGCUGUCAGUGUCCCUGCUGUCCUUGACAUAACCAUCCUCUGCCUUCUGGAAACUCGGGGGCUGCCCUUCAGGGAAUGGGCAGCCACCACUGGUCAGGGUCUGCUUUGCCAAACAGAAUGUGAACCCACUGCCUGGUGGCUUACUUGACUUAUUUAAUUAAAACUGAAAAUAAGCAAUAAACAAAUUUUGAAGUGUG